AUGGAAACUGGCUUAGAACAUGGGAUCUGUGACUUCUCAACUAUGUUGCAGGCAAGGCCUUACCUUGACAUUGAUCCUUUCCAUGGUUCACAAGGAUCUCUCCUCAAGCCCACCGGAAACUAUAGCUACAGGAACCCAGAAAGAAAGUCAGAGGCCAGUAGUACUCUGGAAGUCUGGGGGAAAGGGCCUCUCCCAAAGCCCACUUUCUCAGCUGAGACAGCCCUUAUCAUGACCACAGGGAGCAAUAUGACUUUCAAGUGCAAGAGACAAGAAAAAGAUGCUUUAGUUCCUCAGUUAUGGACAUACCUUCUUCUAAAGGAGGGCAAUGCACGGCCCUUACAGAACCAAGUCACAAUAAGGUCCUGGGCUUAUUUCACCCUACUGUUUGUGACAACACAGGAUUCUGGGAACUAUAGCUGCAAGUACUUUGGAUCCCAGAAUCCACAAAGAAAGUCAGAGGCCAGCACUGUCCUGGUCAUCAGGGUGAAAGGUUCUCUCCCCAAGCCCACUCUCUCAGUUGAGACAGCCCUUAUCAUGGCCCCAGGGAGCAAUAUGACUCUCAAGUGCAAGAGGCCAGAGAAUGAUGCUUUAGUUCCCCAGCAAUGGACAUAUCUUCUGCUCAAGGAGGGCAAUCCACAGGUCUUACAGAGCCAAAGGACGUCCAGGUCCUGGGCUUAUUUCAGCCUACUAAUUGUGACAGCUCGGGAUUCUGGGAACUAUAUCUGCAAGUAUUUUGGAUCCCAGAACCAAAAAAGAGAAUCAGAGGCCAGCACUGCCCUGAUCAUCAGGGUGAAAGACUCUACGCAGAUAGCUUAUACUGUGAUCAAUCUUACUCGUAUCAUCCUGGCUGCAUUGAUUCUAGCUGUCAUUGUUAUACUUUUGAGCAAUGACUUCAAAGCCCAAAAAGUUGAGAAGAAGCCAGAGGAUCUCUGCCUAGAGAAGCAAGGCUGA